GGACAUACGGUCAUAAUAUUCAGUAGUUACUACGUCACCGUCAAAAUGAAGUGCUAUGUGUUUUUAUUUGUGUUUGCCUUUUUGGAUGGAAUUUCUUGCAAAUUGAACACAUUAACAACCUCAAAACUCCAGAACAAGGCAUCAAUAAAGUACUACACAAAGCAGACAGACAUCACAAUACCAGUGAUGAUGCAUUUAGACAAAGCGUUAACGAGAGUACUAUCAAAAGAAUCGAAGCACAAAAUUAGAGAAAAGUUCAAACUACUAGCAAUAGACAUAUUAAAGGACGUAGAAGAAUUAUUCUCACAUCCAAAUCUACAGCAGAAAGUCAAAAUGGAACUGAUAGAUGUCAAAAUCCUAAAGAAUAAUACUAAGAAAGUGGUGAUGGACGAGAACGUUUCCAAAUAUUUGAAGAGUUAUUGCAGAUGGCAAGGGGAGAAGAAGCUAGCGAAGCAGAAAUGGUUCUAUUCUGUGCUGUUUACUGGAUUGGAUCUGUUUUAUUUAGAUCGGUUCGGGUCUGAAGUUAGGAGUAGUACAGGUCGAGGCUACAUGAAGAGUAUGUGCAGCAUCAGGAACAGCUGCACCCUGCUGGAGUGGCAUCCCAAGCACAUCGCCUAUGUACUUACACAUGAAAUAGCACACAGUUUGGGUAUAUCCCACGAUGGGCCGCCCCACAACGAGUGCAGAGGACAGCGGUACAUUAUGGACGCCAAGUACAACCCCAAGAACCCAGCGAAGACUUGGUCAUCGUGCAACAAGAGGGAACUGAACCAGUAUUUGAAAAGCAAAAAGGCGUGGUGUUUAAGGCGAGACCCAAGCUCUGUAUAACUAAUAUAAAACCUAAUUAGUAUUAAUUAAAUCAUAACAAUUAUUAAUAGAACGUUAAGGAAAGACUUUGAACUAAUUGUUUUAGUCCAUGGGAGAAAGAGAAGAAAUUACAGCGCCUAUCAAGAUUAUGUGAGCAACUGUCAAAGAGGUGUAGUUUGCCCAUUCGAUUAUUGAGGCGCUAUGAGUCAUUAUUUGCCGAUUGAGGCUUUUUGUCAUUUUAAAUAGAAGGAUAGUAUUGAAGGAAGAAAGUAUUGACUGAUUUUAACAUAAAUAAACUUUUUA